AUGCGGUUGAAUGCCAAGAAAACCAAAGAAUUUCGUGUAUCCUUUUUACAAUCUGAACCUGAAUUUGAUCAUCUGACAAUAAACGGUAGUCCGCUUGAAGUUGUUGAUAGUUUCAAACUCCUGGGUAUCACUCUAAGCAGUGAUCUGUCCUGGAACAUUCACGUUUCAAACAUAUCUGCUAAAGCAAGCAAGCGACUAUAUGCCCUACGAAUCCUGAAACGCCAUGGUGUUCCAGUAAAGAAUCUAAUUUCCAUCUUCUGUUCAUUCAUUCGUCCAGUGCUUGAGUAUGCAUGUCAAGUUUGGCACUCUUCUCUGCCAUUGAUGUUAUCAGAUCAAAUCGAACACAUCCAAAAACGAGCUUUAAAGAUUGUGUUCCCACACCAUUCAUACGCUGAAGCCCUUGAUAAAGCAAAACUGAAAACACUUCAAGAACGAAGAGAAAUUCAGUGUCUGUCCUUGUAUCAAUCUAUUUUAAAAGAUGACAAUAAACUAAACAAUCUUCUCCCAAGUCCUAUUACACAUAAGUAUAGUUUAAGGAAUCCAAGGAAAUAUCCUCUAUUUAAAUGUAGGACUGAACGUUUUAGAAAUAGUUUUAUUCCGUACUGUGUUGCAAAGUGGGAUUCUCUGGGUAGUUAG